CGUUUCGUUACGCUGGCGCGCAGUUCGGGGCACAUAUUGUUCUGCUGAUUUAGUUCCGAUACCGAAGCGUAAGCUCGCAGCACACAACCGAGGUAUGUGCACGCGGUAACCACCAAAACGGAUGUGUGAUAAAGUUCGCUUCAUCGGGGUUCGGAACAGAGUGGUUUUCCACAUUCCAGCCGCUAGUAACACGUCGCCGUAACGCCGGCUCGUGACGUAGGCCGUUAAGUUUUUGUCAAUUUUCCUCUCCGCGGAACCGCACUUCACUGACCGGCGACGUGCUCAAGUGGAAACGCCAGAGACAGUCGGGACGCCGUAUCCAGCGCAAGGAUAUGGUGCCGAUAAUUGCCCUGGCCGGCAUCGGCGUUCGCGUCGGUCGAUGGGCGAAGAAUUAAGCUUCAACUUGCCUGCCUAAAAAUGUAGCACCGCGAUGUGCCGUACCUGAGUGUAAGUGUGUGCCUACGAGUGAGAGUGCGUGCGUGCAUGCGUGUGGAUGAGUGUAUGUGUGGGCACCGUACGUGUGCGUCGAGCAUGACAGCAGCGGAGAGUGUAUUUUUGAAAGCAUUUAUCAUGCCACCGCCGGAAACACGUGCUCCCAGCGACUGGAUGCGUGCCGCGUGGAUCACCGUUUAAAGCGCCCCAAUUCAAACCACCCCACGUGCCUUUCGGAAGAAGGCGCAAUUUCCACGGUGUCCUUGUUUUCCCGCUGCGCAGAAACGGGAGCGCACCGGGAGCGUAGCGAGAGCGUCCACGAAAGCGAGCAUGCUGGCGUGGCGGUGAGCGUGUGUGGGUGCUUUGUUUUCACUUUCCACGCAGCGCGCGGCCGUUCGCCGUCGUUUUCCCGUGCGUGCGUGUCACUCCUGUGGCGGCAACAACCGAGUUCGCGAGCCCGUUUGUUUGUGUCGUGACCGAGAACCCUUAACCGCUUCGCCAGAUCGCGACGCGUCCGUCGGGAGGGCUUCUCGAGGCGGUUUCACAGUGAUAGCAGGGCAGCAGACGACACCGUAGUGCAAAAAGAAAAAAAUAUAAAAGAAAAGCUAAAGAAAAACAAUCUUGGCCAGGGCCAAGCCUCAACGAUAACAGCAGCCGACACACGGGCCCACCGGAAGAGUGUACAUCAGCGGGAGAAGUGUCAAACCGUUUGACGGAAGCGCAGCAUAAGCCGGUUGUUGGCCAAAUUCGAAUCGCAGUAGGCCACUACUAGGAAGCACCCGGUUAGACCCGGUCCUCGCGUCAAAUGAAUCGCUAGGCAAAGCGGCGUUCUUCGAUCCCGACAAUGGAACAUCAUGGUGGACUGUUUGCGGACAUUUCGAACAGUUUCCCGGGCGCCAGCGGUUUGCCGAGCACGAAUGUGAAGUACCACUUUCACAACCCUCCCCAAAUCCCACCGCAGCCGCCCCCGCCUCCAGGUCCGCCCUUAGGGCCGUCCCGACAGUACCACCAGUAUCAUCACCAUUCCCAGCACCAGCAGCAGCAGCAGCAACAUCUAUCGGCUCAGGCUACACCGCAGCAGGCGACGGCGCAAUCGGUGGUGAUCGGUAGCUACGGUCAAUCAGUUUCCGGCUCCACCAUCCAGCAGAGUCAUGUUAUACAGCAACCACAGCCACAACCGUCACAACCCGAGCUACAGACGUCAGCAGGAGCAGCCCAUCAGCAGAGACAGCAGCAACAGCAGCAGCAACACCACCUGGAGUCCCUCGGGCAUCAGUCGCUAGGUGGUGGAGGUGGUAACCUCUUUUCCGACAGCAACACAGUCGGUCUGUUCGACGCCAGCGGUUCGAGUGGAAGCGUUGAUGGCACGAGUGGUGCUGGAGGAGGUGCUGGAGUCAGCGGCAACGGGAACACAUCAAGCAUCAACUGCAGCAGCAGCAGCAGCAGUAGCAGCAACUACAGCUCAAGCGUCACGAACAGUUCGCGUAAGUUCGAGACCAAUACCGGUGACAGCAUCACGUAUAACAUCAACAACAUCAACACCAACAUCGUGAACAACAUCAGCAGCGGACAGGGAGCUGCACCGGUGCUAACGGCCAUCACGAAUGGUGGUACAGGUGUUGCUGGAGGCGAUUUUCUCGGAGGUGUAACGGCAACUUCCCAGUACGGUUCGGGAUCCGGCUCGUCGAUCGUACCGAACGGAGGUGCUGGUGUUCAACAGGGCGUUCCAACAAACCCGACCAUCAUCAACAUUAGUAACAACAACCACAAUAUCAUGGCGCCACCGUACCCGUACCAUGGCCCACCGCAGUAUCAACCAAAAGUGGCCACUGGGUACAAGGACCUGAGUGGGAAGUAUGGUGCAAUCGGGUCCUCAGGAGGUUCCGGAUCGAGCGGAACAGCAGGUGGUUGGACGGAGUAUACGAGUCAUCACCACGAGGCAACGGUGAUUGGGAACUUUGAGGCGAAGAACCCCAACAAGUACCACCACACGUCGGCAAAUGCGGUCGGUGGCCGGUCGAUGGGUGGAUAUCGAUACACGAGCGGAGUCGCCGAUUACGUAUCACAACCGGGUCAACCCGGUUCGACAGGCCAUUAUGCGCCCUCUCAUUCACACGCCGGUGGAACAAGUGGUGGGUAUGGGCUUUACCACCCUGAGGGAGUACAAGCGACACCUAUUCAACAGUCCCAAGCCUCAGGCGGCUCUGGAGCACAUCCCGGUUACGACGCGUACCCACAUAUCGUACGCAACAAGUAUCCCUCUGCAGGGCACCCGCCAGGGAUGCACAUGACGGGAGGAUCCCGAGCCGAUCUCAUGUACAACGAACGAUCUCAGCGUUACGUAACCGGCGGGGGUUAUGCGAGUGGCAACACCUACAGUAUGUCUGCGAGUGGCUCCGGAGUGGUCGGUCCAACGGUUCCAGGUUCGAACAUCGCCGGUCACGGUGCGUACUACUCCCAGAUGGCGCCAGCUAAGGGCACGCUCAAUCCAGCCAUGGAUUAUUACGGCAAUUCGUACGCCAAACAGAUGCCGGGGGCACAUUCUCACCACGCUCCGGCUAACCACAAUCACUAUAUCCCACCGAACCGGAUGGCUUACGCCGGUCAACCGAACGCAGGUUAUCAUCCCCAUUCGUCCCAUCCCGUGCAUCAUCACGUGCCACAUCCACACCACAAGAACGUGGUCACUGGAUAUGGGUACACAGGUGCAAACGGAACCACGGCCUACGAUGAUCCUUGCCACCAACGAACAAUGAGCGGACGUGUACCGAUGCCGCAUCCUUACAGCGGUGAUCCUCAUCACGCGCAGAUGGCUGGUUCGGCGCAGUACGCCGGUGGAGGUAGUACUGGAGGAUAUCACCACCAGGCGCAAGCUCCCAUAGGCUAUCCCAAUCCAAAGCUGACGUUCAGCAAGAACCUGAACGAUUUCUACACACCCAACGUGCCGACGAGCAAUGUGCCACAACACUACAACGCUCCAACGGGUAGUAUGCAAGCGACUGGUAUAGGUUACUCUGGCCACUAUGGCAUGAAGUAUCCCACGCAGCAAACCGUGACUCCUCAGAAGCAUGUCGGAGUUAAUGGAGCAACUUUAGCACCAACGAACGCGCCUUCUGUGGUACAUCAGAGCCGGAAGCCUUCGAGUUGUUUCUACGAUACGCCGGGUCCGCUUAUCGACAUCAAUCACCCGCUGAUCGACCUCGAGGAACAGAUUAACAGCGUGAAGAUCCUCAAGAACACCGCAUCGUCGGGCAUGGGAGCUGGAGCAGGUUCGAUAUACGAAACGAACCACGCGUUGAGCUAUGAUUGUCAGCAGAUGUACCCAAAGAACCGGUACAUGCAUUCGAAACCCGUCAAUCAGCUGCCGAACAGCAACGUGAUGUCCGCCGGCUACGGAGGUGGCCAGCAAAUUCUGACCGGGGAGCAGCAGUCACAGCUUCAACACCACCACCAACGCCACCACCUGCACCAUCCGGAGAGUGUCGGAGUCUACGGAGGCUACCCGACGAUGGAGGAGCUCGGGAUGGAGUCACGCACCUUCGGAUUGGACGAAAACCUCAAGGAUAAGAGUCUGCGCGAUUACCUGACGAGCUGGAGCGAGAUGGAGGAGGAAGAUUCAUCCUCGGCCGCAUCGAAGGCAUCGAAGGAAGCCAACAACAAUCUGAUCGCGCAUCAAAACUUCGAGUCCUGCAGGUACAUGAGUCAGGUUCAGCCUUUGGAAGGUUCUACGGAGCCACCACCGGCGGCAGAAGUGUCAUUGGUUGCGAUGGCGGAAGUAACUCCACUGGAAGAAGCGCCCACGAAGGAAAGCCCAACAGUGGAAUCGGAAGAUGUACUCACAAAUUCUACUUCACCUAUACCGGCGGCUGCUGCAGCCGUGGUCCCGCCAGUCACCGGCCACACGGGAGUGAUCGUGGCGAACGUGCAGAACACCGGUAACCUCCCGGAUAUCCUGGUGGACAUCGAGAAGCCGGCGAAAUCCGAGGAAACGGGCAAGGACGGCGAGAAGCUUUACAUCCUGGAGUCGUACGACGUGCCGCAGUCCGAGCUCAACAAGUACAAACACCUGAGUGUGAUCAACGAGUUGCCAAAAAAUGUCGUCCCCAUCAACGACAGUGCCGAUUCGCUGAAGUUCCUCGAGGAGAUCGAGUCGAACCGCGAAAAGUACUACCAAACCGAGCUCGAGUCGGAGGUGGUGUACGAGGAGAAAGAGAAGGAAAAGGUACGGUUGGAUGAUUCGCAGGAUCGGCAGGACGAAUCGAUCAUGCAGAAAUCAGUCAUUCAGCAGCCACAGUUUGAGAGUAAGUGCGAUGACGAAAAGCCACUGGAAAGCCUCGAAAAAUGUGAGGAUGAGCUGGACAAUAAUGAGAUGGAGUUCGUCGAUCUUUCGGAGGAAACGGAAACUCCGGAAUGCAAAGCAGAAGAGUUAUCUGAAGCGAUUGUUGAAGAGGUGCAAGAACCAACACCUGCAAUGGCCGAGCAAGAGGACGUGACGGCUAGUUUGCCGGAGGUCGUUGAGAAAGCUGAACCUGAUGUGCCUGCUGAGGAAACGGAAGCGCCGAAGGACUCGUCCGUUGACUCCGACGAGGCCUCGUUCAAAGUGCCCCGCGCUGUGUUUCCGAAGUAUCGGAAGCGCCGCUUCUACGAUUACGAUAUGCCUCGAUUUCCGAAGAAGGCGCGCCGCUCCAGCAUCGAGGAGUUUAUCAAUUGUGAUAUGUCGAAAUUCAAAGUACAAACUAUCAAACGUAGUCCAAAAAGUCUGCAGUGUCUGCUGGUGGACACGCUCAAUUCGAAAUCCUUCCGUCGGUGGGCCAAACAAGAUCUUACAAGGCGACAAGAGCUUCUAAGCCAGCCCCAUCAAGACCUAGAAGACGAGCUUGACCUGAGUACACUGGAACAGCAACCCAGCGACAGCGUACCAGCUGCGGAAGAGUCUUCUCCAACGCCGUCCGAAUGUGGGGACGCUGAGAGGCCCACGGUGUUGGUGUUGCCCACCGUUCCCUCGUUGAAAGAUCUCUGCUACGAUAAGAUUUAUUCGUUGGAGCUCUUUCACCAGCCGGCCACGCUCAAGGAACUCUGUGAAAAGGUGAUUUGCAUCAACAAACACCUGUACAUCAUUGAGGAAAUGAAGAGCGAACCGCCGAGACUGCAAGACCUCUGUCGAGCGGUUCUCAGCGAGACGAACAUCUUCAUCGAUGUCUCUGCGAACGAGGUGUGCAUCAUCGACGACGCAGAAGUCGAUGCUGAGAUGUCGCCCAGUGGUUCCACGGCUUCGAACGCUGGUCGAGUGUUCAUCGUCGAAGAGGAUCGCGGAUCGAUCGCCGAUCUCUUGCGUGACAACGUCCAGCUGCAGGAGGAGGAUCUCAUCGUUGUUCGCCAGGAUGUGGGAGAUGGCUGCGAAGAUCACGACAUCUUCAUGGCAAACCUCGCCCCAAUUCCGGAACCGAUGGUGACGGCAGACAGUGAGAACGACAUCUUCAGUCGAGUCGAGCAAGAGAUCGAGAAGAUGAUGCACACGAGCUCGUCCGAGGAUGAGGCCGAAGCUCCAGUGAAAGAGUCGGACCUGUUCGCCUUUGAGGAGGACGUCGAGUGCAUACAGUACGAGGAGAUCGUUCCGGUGCAUGCGGAGGAGCAAAGUCUAAAGGAUGGCGUGAUAAAAGCGCUCCGGGAAAAGUACAUCUCAGGCGCCGUCAGCCAGCGAAAGUUGCACCACCGUCUGUUGCGAAAAUAUCUUAUCCAUCAGCGAUACAUCGAGUUGCGUCAUGGAGUGUUGUCUCGGAAUACUGUUCGGUGGAGCAAGCUGAUCGCAGCGCGUAAAGCCUCGCAAAUAGCAACGCCGUCCCUAAUGGCCGAUCAAGAUGACGACAGUAACUGCUCGAGUGGUUCAAGCGGCUCCAACAGUAGUAGAUCUUCUAGUACGUCUCGCUCCAGCCACUCGUCUGGUUCGUCGUCUUCGAGCUCGUCCUCAUCGAGCAGUAGUAGCAGCUCUAGCAGUAGCUCCAGCAGUAGCAGCAGCAACAGUAACAACAGCACCGAAAUGGAAGGAGAGGAGGAGACGGUUAAGCUAGUAGCAGCUGUUGAAACUGGCUCAGAGGAACCUGAAAGCCCGUGUGUCUUGGUAGAGGAAGCGAACAACAACACUAUUCAGCUUGCUGAAUGUCCUGAAGAUGCACAAGAACCGGCCAAGGAGACGCUGCUCCAGCACGAAGAAUCUCACUUCGAAAAUGAAAAACCUAUCCUUGAACCGGUUGCAUCCAGUCCCGUCCGGUGUGAUGAUAGUAUGACCAGCUCUGGCAGCAAUAGCAACGAUAAAAGGAGUCCCAGCAACAACAUCAUCAGCAGCGGUAGCAACAGUCCGCUUGGUAGUUCUGCAGGGACCAAUAGCCGAAGCCCUAACAGCUCUCUGGAUCAGCAUGUUCCAGCAAAAAUCACAUCUCCUAGCGAUCGUUCCCGCUCGGUGAUAGUAUCUCCCACAACCACGAGAAAGAAGAAGAAGUUGUCUUUCGAGGAAAGCCUGCUCAAUAUUGAUCAAAUGUACAGGAAGCCCGCCAGCCCGAUUCCUUCGGCAGUGCCAUCGCCGAUUGUGACUCGUUCAGGAAGUAGCCCACAAUCCGCGACGUCCCGCCCGAACGUGAUCGUGAACGUGAACAACAAGCGUGAAGCGCCUCGCAAACUGAUCAUUCCAUCGUACAAGAUAUUUGAUCAAGCAACUGAUGAGAUCCGACCGCCUGCCAACGGGUACCACCGGAAGUCGUCAACCGACGAGGAAGCCUCAGGAUCGAUGAUCCGGCCGAGUGACGAAUACGCUAAACUGGCACGGCGUCGCAGAACGUCCGUCAGCAUCACGCCGUCCUUCGACCGGUCCAUCUCCGUUGACGUCGAUCGACGAUCGCGUGGCGUCGAGCGGCGAAAGGCGGCAAUGGUUAGACGUCGGAGUUGCUGUUGCUCGCCUGUGCGGACUUCUCCCAGCUCACCGUCGUUGGCGGUUCGCGCGAAACCUUCGUCGCUGGUCUCGACGUUGCUAGCCGCACCGGUGCCGUACGUGCGCCUGGAGCGAAGCGAUUACGUGGAAAAGCUGGCGGAAAGCUAUCGACGCCAGCAGCAGCAACAACACCCAAGGUCAUCGUAG